CCGCAGUCCGCCGAUGCUGCUGCCCCUGCGGCGCCUCAUGAGCUUCUCCGUGCAGAGCUUCGAGUCUCCGCUGGCGGCGGAGCAGGUGCGCGUGCGUCUCUCACACCGCUUCAACCGGCGGUCGCACCCAGACCCGACCGUGGAGCAGCAGGCGGCGCAGACGUGGGCAGAGCUACGACGCCAGUCUCCCAGACUCUUCAACGCGUCCAAGUUCCGCCUGCAGGGGCUGAGUGACCGUCACUCUUCGCUGCAACUGGACUGGGGACUGACCGACUACGCGUCGUACCUGGGCACGUGCUGCUCGGAGCUCGCGCCGCGGCUGCUGCAGGACGGAUGCCAGCUGCAAGAGGGCGACGCCUUCGCCUUCCUGUCGCGCAAAGUGGGCGUGGCGGCGGUGCUGGAGACGGCGGACGCCCACGUGGCGCUCAUCAAGCGCAGCAAGAGCGUGGGGCUCUACCAAGACCUGCUGGACACACCCGGGGGCCACCCGGAGCCGUCACACAUCCAGCUGACGGAGGACGUGCUGCGGACGAUGGAGGACGAAGGCAAUGAAGACGAGAGGAGACGUCUGGAGGUCGCGGCCAGAGACGAAUUCUUCCGCUCCAUCGUGACUGAGGUCCACGAGGAGGUGAACGUGGCCCCGCUGCUGCAGCAGCCGCCAACGCUCCUGGGCGUCGUGCUGCAGACGGACGCAUGCACGCCCAGCUUCUCCUUCCACAUCAAGACGGAGUGCUCGGCGGAGCAGCUGAAGGAGUUGUAUCGUGCUGGACCGGCCGACAAGUUCGAGUCGGUGAAGCUCGAACUCCUGCCAUCGGAGAGUUUGCUCGUAGAGGGGUCCACAACGCUAGACGAGCUAAAGCUGACGCCGUCGGCGAAGGGCACUCUUGGGUUGUGGAGGAAACACACGCUACGUGCCCGUCAGCAGCAGUAGAAGUUGCCGUGGAUUUCGACGAUAGAAUGCUUGUACUCUGCCGUGUUUCAGUUGGCUUGGCUCAUGAGGAGCAGCGCGAGCAAGCUCAUUCUUGCUUGAUACAGAAAUGAAGCAAAACUGAACAGAUG